AUGCCAAGAAAAAUAUCAAUCUCAAAGGUAUCAACCAAUCAGAAACUUACAACUAAGGAAGCGACACUAGAAUCACCAAGAAUCCGUAAAUGUCGAGUCAUAUUAUCCGACUUUGUUCAGCUAGAGUCAAAUUAUAAACCUGAAAUAUUCAAAAAUAUCAAAAUUGAGCCGGAAAGAGAAUAUUUGGCAGUUUUGGAGCCAAACUUGAAGUCUGAUGUGUUUCAUGUCGCCAAAAAGAUCAAAAUUGAGGAACAAGACACCCCAAGAUUGGUCAAACUUGAAGAAAUUGAGUUGGAAAGGCCACAAAAAUCGGGAAAUAUUGUCGAAAAUUCUCAAAGAUGCUCAGAAAGAAUAAACCCUAACAGUUGUGAAAUUUUAAAGACUUCUCGAGUUCUCAGAAGCUCAAGGACAUCCAGAAAUCCACAAACUAUCAAUAAAUCACCACAAACAAUCAAAAAAUCAACUUCAGACGUUCCUAAACAUCUUAAAACCAUUCAAUGCAGAUUCUGCCCAACCAAAUCAUUAUCCUUUAGCGUCCAUAAUAAUCAUAUGAGUAAAGUCCAUUCAGACAAGUUGUACACAUGUGAUUUGUGCUUCUCUAAAUGCCCAACCCUAAUCGGAAUCAAGUCACACAUGACGAUCAAGCAUUUGAAUAAAAAGUUCCAGCCAUUCAUUUGUGAUUAUUGUGGUAAAGAGUUCAAAAAGAAAGCAAAGUUUUAUUAUCAUGUGCUUACUCAUCGUCCGAGAAUUGAGUGUGAAAUUUGUCAUUUAAAACUUAAGCAUGAGUCGAUGCCGGAGCACCUGAGGGACUUUCAUGUAAAUGAUAGGAAGUUCAACUGUAAAAUGUGUGAGAAGACAUUCAAAGCUGACAAGGACCUGAAAAGACAUGAGAAAGUUCAUUUAAAAAAAUUCAACUGCUUAGUUUGCUUCCGUAAAUUCCGACUUCAAUAUGACUUAAAUGUCCAUGUCCAUCAGACUCAUGAGAAUCCAGGCAGCUUUAAAUGUCACAUUUUAAAAUAA